AUCCAAUCCAACCUCUGCCUCCCGUUCCCUUUUCCCCUCCUCUCUUCAAUUUGCGAUCCAAAUCCAACCCCCAAAUCCCUCUCUCGAUCAUCACAUGGCUGUGCCCUCAAUCGAAUCAAUUGAUGCUGUCGUCUCCUCUUCAGUUUCUUCAUCCUUCGUCGCAAAUUUCGCCCAAUCCUCGAUAGUUUGCGAUUCUCUCUGUAGUAGCGUUGAAUUCAAUUUGGUUUCUUUUCGUGCUCGUUGGUCUAGAUAGUUCUUGCUCGGACGCUUUUGUGCUUUCGCCAUGGGGAAAAGAAAGCAAAACAAGAGCGCAAUUGACUUGUCGAAUAUUAGUGACACCGACAGCGUAAGUUCUACAGCUACAGCUUUGUCUGAUCUGACUUUGGCUCAUGAGACCGAGAAUGUCAACUCUCUCGACGCGGUGGUGGAAAGAUGCCUUGAUUCUCUUGACAAGAAAUCUUCAAGAUUGAAGGCAUUGUCAGAACUCGUCAAUGCAUUUGAAGGAAACACACUUCUUCCUUUCAUAGAGAACAAAUGCAUCACAUUAUUAGAUGAAUACAUCACAUCCUUGAAAAAGGGCAAGGGCUCACCAACAGAGGCAUGCCUAGCUUCUCGUGCUAUUGGGUUACUGGCUAUUACUGUUGGCACUGGGAGCACUGCAAAGGAAAUAAUGGAGCAGACAUUACCACAUAUCGAAAGGGCCCUUUUAACUGGAAGUGAUGCAUUGAAGAUAUCGGUGCUGGACUGUUUAGCAGUCACCACCUUUGUGGGUGCAAAUAAUUGGGAAGAAACUGAAAAAUCUAUGAAAAUCAUGUGGGAUAUCAUCCAAUUAAAACCGGGUACCAAGGGUAAUAAGCCUAGCACUGUUGUCUUGUCAUCAGCUCUAUCUGGAUGGUCGUUACUUCUUACAACUAUUGGCAGCUGGAGAAUCAAUCUUGACAACUGGACAGAGCCAAUUUCAGGUCUUUGCACUCUAUUGGAACAUGAUGAUCGUGCUGUCCGUGUUGCAGCUGGGGAAGCAAUAGCUAUUACUUUUGAAAUUGUGAUAGGUGAUAAGUUAUCUUCUGAGAAUAAUGAUCUCGUUGGUUCUGAUACCGAGAAUUAUAAACCUAAAUGGUUUAAACAAUUACUGUCUUCGAAAGCAAAAAUAAUGAAUCAAGUUGUGGUCCUUUCCAUGGAGGCUGGGGGUAAGAGUGCUGUUGAUAAGAAGAAUCUUAAUAAUCAAAGGGACUUAUUUCAGAAGAUCUAUAAGUAUUUUCUGGAUAAGGAGUGUCCAGAAACUUCAACAAAAAUUUCUAAAGGGCAUGGCUUGCUUGUAACAUCAACCUGGACCCAAUUGAUCCAGCUGAACUUUUUUAAACGUUAUCUUGCAAGUGGUUUCCUUAAGCAUGCACAGGAAAACGAACUGCUUCAGGAUAUUUUUAACCUGACACCAGAUAGAAAUGAUCAUCUGUCGUCCAAGGAAAAGAGGGUCAAUAGGUCUUCUGAAUACAAAGAAAGAACUCGGGAGAGGAAUAAAUACCGUCAGAUGGCUCAGCAACGGAAGGGAGGCCACAUCUUCGCCUAUGAUGAAUAAAACAUUCUUGGUAAUUGAGCACGAGAGUUGAAAUCCUAGACGCUUCCUCUGUCUCUCUUUUCCUCUUCACUAUUACUAUUCAUUUGUAAUUUAGCAUAUUGUCAGUGCAUGGAUGGUUUGUUAGGCAUCCAUCCUAUUGUAACUCAAUAAGUACCUGAUUUUUUUUCUUGCGCGACCAUCAGUUGUCGUUGACUGGUGUAGCUGAGCUAUUUAUGCACAAAUCAGGAAUGUAUUCUUUUUAAUUUGUGGCGAGAAAAUCAUGACUUCCUAGUGCUUGUGCUGAGGACAACACUAGCUUUUUAUUUUUUUGCGAUUUGCAGCCUAAGACAUGUUUGUCUGCAGUAUCCAGUAAUGAAGUUUACUCGUCUGUGCUUAAAUUGGUGAGGCAGUCUUUCUCCCCAGAGGAUGUAUGAUGAUCUUGUGCCUUC